GAGGCAGUGGUGUGUGCCGGGAGAGGCGUCCGGCCUCGCCUGGAAUGCGAAUCAGAAUUUGGACUAGAACCUUUCCUGAGGAUGCUGAAGCAAUACUUUCUUUGGACUGUGAGUUUCUUCUAAAGUGGAACUAAGAAGAGGACUAAUAAAUACAUUGAAUUCUAAAAAAAGCCAUGGCCCAUAUUUCACACAUAAAUGAGAUCAUGUGGUAUUUGUCUUUCUCUGUCUGACUUACUUCACCUAGUAUAAUGCCAUCAAGGUCCAUCCAAGUUGUUGGAAAUGGGGUUGGUGAUGUUCAAAGAUGUGGCUAUAGAUGUCUCUCAGGAGGAAUGGGAAUGCCUGAACCCUACGCAGAGGAGUUUGUACAAAGAUGUGAUGUUGGAGAACUAUAGCAACUUGGUUUCACUGGGACUUUCUAUUUCUAAGCCGGCUGUGAUCUCUUCAUUAGAGCAAGGGAAGGAGCCCUGGAUGGUUGUGAGGGAAGUGACAGGAGAACAGUGCCCAGACUUGGUGUCCAGGUGUGAGGCCAAGAAGUUAUCUCCAAAAGACAUUUAUGAGACAGAGUCAUCCCAAAGGGCUAUCAUGGAAGACUUUAAAAGUCAUAAUCCUGAGAAAUCCAUUUUCAGAGAUAUUUGGGAAUGCAAUACUCAGUUUGAAAGACAACAGGAACAAGAAGCCUAUUUCAGGCAAUUUGUUAUCAACCAUGAACAUAUGCCUAUAUUUAACCAACAUUCUUUACUAACUCAGGAAUUUUAUAAUAGAGAGAAAAUCUUUGGAUGUAAAGAAUGUAGAAAAAACUUCAGUUACCACUUAUUUUUUAGUAAUCACAGAACUCAUUCUAAAGAAAAACUGUCUGAAUGUAAGGAAUGUGCAGAAAUUCUUAACAUAUCAUAUCUUACUAAACAGAGAAUUCAAAAUAGUAACAAGUGCAAUGAAUGUAAGGAAUGUUGGAGAGCUUUUAUUCAUUGUUCACAACUUAAGCAACACCUGAGAAUCCAUAAUGGCGAAAAACGCUAUGAAUGUAAAGAAUGUGGUAAGGCCUUUAAUUAUGGCUCAGAACUUAUUCUGCAUCAGAGAAUUCACACUGGUGAAAAACCUUAUGAAUGUAAAGAAUGUGGGAAGGCCUUUAGGCAGCGAUCACAGCUUACUCAACAUCAGAGACUUCAUACUGGUGAAAAACCUUAUGAAUGUAAGCAAUGUGGGAAGGCUUUUAUUCGUGGCUUUCAACUUACUGAACAUCUACGACUCCAUACUGGUGAGAAACCCUAUGAAUGUAAAGAAUGUGGAAAGACUUUUAGGCAUCGCUCACACCUUACCAUACAUCAGAGAAUUCAUACUGGUGAGAAACCCUAUCAAUGUAGAGAAUGUGGAAAGGCCUUUAGCUAUCACUCAAGCUUCUCUCACCAUCAGAAAAUUCAUUCUGGCAAAAAACCUUAUGAAUGUAGUGAAUGUGGGAAGGCCUUUUGUGAUGGCUUACAACUUACCCUGCAUCAGAGGAUUCAUACCGGUGAGAAACCCUAUGAGUGCAAGGAAUGUGGGAAGACUUUUAGACAGUGCUCACACCUCAAAAGACAUCAGAGAAUUCAUACUGGUGAGAAACCUCAUGAAUGUAUGAUAUGUGGUAAGGCCUUUAGACUUCAUUCACACCUUAUUCAACAUCAGAGAAUACAUACUGGUGAGAAGCCCUAUGAAUGUAAGGAAUGUGGAAAGACCUUUAGCUAUCAUUCAAGCUUUUCACACCAUCAGAGAAUUCAUUCUGGGAAGAAACCUUAUGACUGUGGAAAGGCUUUUAAUCAUGGCUUGCAAUUUAAUAUACAUCAGACACUUCAUACUGUUGAGAUGCCAGUAAGGUUUCCUCUUCUCUCUCCCCAUCCUAGUCUAGCAUCAUGAAAUUAUUUUUAGAAAUUUACAUUUUCUUUUUUUUUCUUCAAGAUAAAUGUUGGUAAAAUAAUGAA